AUGGGGAUUGUCAUCAGACAUGUUUUUGUCUUAUUGUGCCUCUUAAGUGCCCUUGGCCAUGUUGGAGGUGUGCUCUGUAGGCUAUGCAACCUUUCAAUCCCCUUCCAUGGAUGUCUUUUAGACCUUGGAACCUGCAGGACCAAACCUAAACAGUUCUGUUUUAAAGAGGUCCAUUUUAAAGGUGGAAUUCCCUGGUUUUCUAUUAAAGGCUGCACAGAAGCCAACACUGAUUGCUUCAGGAAAAGGAUGAUCCAUCAUCAUAUGUUCCAGAUUUCUCACUGCUGCUUUCGUCCCUUAUGCAAUUUCUGA